UUUUUUUUCUCGUAUUUUCAUUUCAGCCGCUAAAGUUUUGUGACAUUAACAAUAAUGAAAAUAUAAUUAACAAAUGAAUGAAAAUUAAUUAAAUUAAAAAUUAGUGAAUUAGUAAUGAAACGUCAUUAAAACUAAAUUAGAUUGCAUCGAUGAGAAUUGGCAAUUUGAAUUUGAUUACUCCCUACUAAGAAAUAACUAAGCGAAAAUUGAAUUGGCAAACCACACACUAAAAUUUCUUUGGAAACGUAUAACUUGUUUGUUUAUUCAACAAAAUAUUAUUUAUCUUUCACAGAAGAUCAUCUAGUUUCCACCAGCAUAUAUGAAUUCUAACUGCACUACGACAUUCUCCUAAUAAGUAAUAAGAACGUUAUUUACUCUCACCGACAACGGCAACAACUUAUUACCGAAACUAAACAAUGGGGGCCUUCUUAGAUAAACCAAAAACCGAAAAACAUGUUCAAUCAGGUUCCGGCAACGGCUUGUCAUACGCCGUCAGUAGCAUGCAGGGCUGGAGAGUUGAGAUGGAGGAUGCACACUCAGCGAUCAUAGGCUUACCUGGCCGACUUAAAGAUUGGUCUUAUUUUGCUGUAUUUGAUGGACAUGCUGGGUCUCGUAUUUCUAGCUACUGUUCAGGGGAACUGUUGCAAUCAAUCAUAACAAACAACGACUUUCUUGGCAAACAACCAGAGGAGGAAUCAACUGGCGGAAUUUUAGAGCUUCCGACUGAAGAGCAAGUGAAAGUGGGGAUUAGGACCGGGUUUCUUGCUCUUGACAAAAAAAUAAGGUAUCUUCCUGAGACAAUCAGUGGAGAAGAUAAAAGUGGAACAACUGCUGUUUGCACUCUGGUCUCACCUACUCACAUCUUCCUAGCAAAUUGUGGGGACUCGAGAGCUGUUUUAUCGAGAGGGGGCCGACUAGCGAUUGCCACGCAAGAUCACAAACCAGCCUCCCCAGCUGAAAAAGAGCGCAUAAUCAAUGCAGGAGGCAGUGUCAUGAUUCAACGAGUAAAUGGGUCACUGGCCGUCUCACGAGCUCUGGGAGACUUUGAAUACAAAAAUGUGCAAGGAAAAGGUGAAUGUGAACAAUUAGUGUCUCCAGAGCCAGAUGUUUUUGUGAAGGAACGAACGGAUGAUGAUGAAUUUCUGAUUCUUGCAUGUGAUGGCAUCUGGGAUGUGAUGUCAAAUGAGGAGUUGUGUGACUUUGUUAGAAGUCGACUACGACUUACUAACGAUUUGGAAGCCGUCUGUAAUUCGGUCAUUGAUACCUGCCUCUCAAAGGGUAGCAGAGAUAACAUGAGCAUCAUCUUGCUGACGUUCCCCGGAGCCCCAACUGUCUCAGAUGAAGCAAAAGCCAAUGAAGAAGAACUCAAUAAAAGAUUAGAAAACAAAGUUAAAGAGAUAAUGCAGAACAGCCCUCCGGAAGCCACCAUGCUACAGUACGUCAUGCACCUACUAGCCAUAGAGGACAUCGAGGGCCUGCCACCUGGUGGAGGAAUUAAUGCCAAGAGAGAUACUAUCGAGGAAAUAAUAAACAACAUCGCAUCGUGCAAAGACUAAAGGUCACUGAAACUUUACCCAUGAAGAAAGAGAAGUUUAAAGAUUAAAAAUGAACGAUGGAUAGACAGAUAGAUAGAAGAGAAGAGAUCCAUAAGGAAAUAAUAUGAGAAUAUGAUACGCUAAACAUUAGUCCAUCAACAUCAUCUCUUAUUAUUACUUUUAUUAUUAUUAUUAUAGUUCAUAAUUAUUGUUAAUAAUAUUAUUAUUAUGACUUUUUGUUUUCAUUGAUUUGGGCAUUGACGCGUUGAUAUGACAUUUCUAACAAAUAGCAUCAGUAAUUAUUCUAUUAUCUUCACAUCCAUCACCAUAAUUAUAACUGUUAUAAUUAUUAAUUAAUUAUUAUUAUGAUUAGUGGUAGCAGUAGCAAUAGUAUUAUUACUUUUUGUCAUCUUAAUUCGAUAAUUUUUUCCUCCUUUUGUUUAUUCUUUCAUUUGGACAAUCUUAAAACUUGUUCUCAAGUCAUUAUAUUAAUUACCAUUAUAUUUUUGUAUAAAUAUAUGUUUAUGUAUGUAAUUUGAGGUAUAUAAAUACAUAUAUGUGUAUAUAUACGUAUGUAAUAUAUAUAUAUAUAUGUGUGUGUGUAUGAUUUAAUUUAUUGGCAAAAAGAUAGAAACCUGUAUAUAAUCUAGGUAGUGUUUUUUAUGUUUGUUUGCGUGUGUGCGGGCGUGUAUUUACUGAUUUAUACUUAUAAGAACGCGUUACCGUAUUCACUUACACAAAUGUAACUUUGAAAUGAAUGUGUAAAUAUUAUAUACGCGAUAACUAAGGUACAAUUCUAUAAUACAAUACAUGAACUCAUUCUUCACUUUACGCAUUAGAAGAUGCGUUAAAUUGACGAUUAUU